GUUUCACUUGCGCAUACUUGAAAGCAGGUUAGCCAUGGGUACCAUGGGCUCUCAGCCCUUCCGUGCACAUCUUUGCUUGAGCGCCCUGGUCACCCUGACCUUGGCCGACCACUGUCUCCAGUUGCUGCCCUCCACCGCAGCCGCGAACCACCGCGCCAUCCGACAGUGUCUGGACUCCGAAGGCGUGGCGAUCCUGGGCCCGGGCACCUUCCUGCUGCCGCACGGCCUCCAGAUGCCGCGCAACUCGUCGCUCCUCGGAGCAGCCGGGCGGCUCUCGGAGCUGCGCCUGGCGGCGCCCACGGCGAUCACCCACUCGUUGCUGGAGGUGUCCUCGGAGGCGGAGGUGCAGUCGUUGGUGCUGGAGGUCGGCGGCCAUCAGCGAGAUGCCAGUUGCUGCAGGAGUGUGAUGAGUUUGACUGGUAACAAUUCUCAGGUGAGCGACGUGGAGGUGAGGGGUGGCAAGGGCGGCAUAGGUAUUUUGUUUGAGAGCCCAACGUCACGGAAUAAUGUCGUGUUGAAGGCACAUGUUCAUCACUGCUAUUAUGGUGUGGCAUUUGAUGCUGGCCUGCGGUCCAAUCAGAAGAAUUCCAUUGAGCAAAGUAUUGUUGAAGACAUUUCCUGCGAUGCAAUAACCUUUGCUGGCUUUGGACAAGUCAAGAGCACUACGAUUCGCAACAGUGGCUUUGCUUGUGGCCCGCCUUCCUUCAGUGCCGGUGCUGGAUUCUUUUGCAAGGGCAACAGCCACGGGGCACAAAUCGAAUCAUCAGUCGUUUCAAACACCUGCGGAAUGGCACUGGAUGUCGAUUCAUGUUCACACAUGGAGAUCCGAAACAACACCUUCCGCGAUCCUGGCUAUGACUUUGACAACCUGACACACUGCUGGGGCAUGCCCACGGCCGUUUUAUUGGAUUCUCAACGGUGUUCUUUGACCUUCAACGUCAUGGAGAACCUUCGCACCUCCAAUCAGAUCCGCUGGUUGGGGGAUCCGCACCAGGUCUACAGCCAGGUGGCAGCGCCGCUCUUCUCGGAUCUACCGGACAACAACCGCAGCGUGGUGACCUUUGGACUACUCCAUCGACCACACCACUGGGCCGUACCGACGAUCCAGAACGAGAUCGCCAACAACUCCUUCUUCGCGCGCUGUGAUGAGAACAACUGCACGGGCGUGGGCUACUUUGUAGGCCGCGGCACCGGGCUGGAACGUUUGCGAGCUCCAGGUCACGAGUGGGGCGAGCGCCUGCCGCAGCAACCCUCAGAGUUCAAUGGCAACCUGGUGAGCACCAGCAGCGAUCUGAGCGACAUUGGUUCCGUGCGCUGUGGUGAGAACCACUAUGCUCCGACGGCGUCGGUGUGUCCUGGAGAGUCGGACUUUCCGUGUAAUGAAGAUGAUUAUUUGCAUCCUCAGGAGAACUUUCGAAAUGAUGAUUGCAGAGACUACAUUUCUGAUGUUCAUGCCUUGGAGAAGUUGGCAGAGCUCGGGCAACUGCGACAUCCCUUGCCUUUGAAAUCGGAAGAGCUCUUCGAACCCUCACGGGCACCUCCUGCUCCCUCCAUGGUGCCUCGUGCACCGCGUGAAGAUUGGAUUGACACCGGAAGCCAGGCUGAAGGAAUGUCGUUUCACUUUGGCUGAAAAGACGUGUGAGAUUGAUCUUGGGGUGGUUGGAUGGAUAGGGCUAUGCGGAUAGCCGGAUAGCCGGA